AUGGCUUUCAACUUUUCGGAAGUGUCAGACGGCGGAGUUGAAGACACUCCAAUGGUUUAUAAUUACAAAGAUCCAGCAUCGUUCUUUGCUUCUAUGCUUAUGAUCGUCAACGGAAUAUUCGGACUUGUAUGCAACACUUUUAUUGUCUACAUAUUCAUAAAAGAACGGAAAGAGCGAACCGCAUUUAAUGUGAUUUGCAUGGUUCGAGCUAUUGUCAAUUUCUAUGUUCUCACCACAAAUCACUUGGCACUCUUUGUUCCGAUGACUCUUUUGGGAAAACCCAUUGUUAGUAAGGCUCUGGAGACUUGGGCAAUUUGUAUGUCAAACUCUUUGUAUAUGGCUAACGAGUACUUGACUGUCGUCAUUGCACUGAACAGGUUCAUUUCCUUGUUUUUCCCAUUGUACUAUGCAAAACUUUGUGGAAUGAAACCAACCAUUGGGAUAUUGUUGGUCAUGUAUCUGUACAGAAUCGGAGCAGUUACCAAAGAAACGAUUAAUUACACAGCCAUUAACUGCUACGUUCGCUAUUAUGUUGAAUUCCUUUCUUGGAGCCCUGAUUUCGAUCCUCAAUGUCAGAGCAACAGCGGGAUUAUGACAUUUAUGGCUGUUACCUUUGGUAUUGUAUCUCUUCUUAAUGCAGCAACUUUUUUGAAGAUUUUUAAGUUUUACAAAAACCAAAAACAAGAAGAUCGAGAGUCAAGAAAGAAAAUCAAGAAAAAUGUAUACUUGUUCAUUCAAACAGUGAUGCAAGAUUCGCUUUAUCUAAUUGAUAUUUCGUUCACUUUUUACUUUUUCUUUUUUUACGAGAACCGAUUUUGGACAUUCUUCUGUGGAACAUUCGUCUGGCAAUCCUUACACUCACUGGAUGGAUUCAUCAUGAUCAUGUUCAACGAAAGACUAUCAUUUCUCAAGAAACAACUAUUCCAACCACUUGCAUCAAAAGUUUCCUUCGUUAGAGUAUCUCAAGCUCCCUCAAGAACUCAUUCUCAAACCGGAUAA